CUGUUUGCAGUCCUUCAGUGGCAGCAAGUUCUAGGCCUAGGCCUGUAGCCUACUGACAUGACUGAAGAAACGAACAGAUUUUUCAUGACACUCAUAGGGCCUAUUGUCACUCUGACCUGGUGUUGGCGAUAUCUUAUCACCUCUCAGAAUUCUACUGAAGCAUGUCUGUGUCGGACUCAAAAAUGAGUGCUUCCAAUGUUGCUCGGACUGCUUUACGUUGGGCGUUUAAUUUCGGGUCAUGGAGGCCGACCAAAGCAGAGUGGAUGCUGGCUGCACAGUGUGUUCAGAUGGAGGAGAAGAAUAGGAUAGGGAAAUUUGUCUUCAAAAGAGAUGCGAAAUCUGCUAUGGCUGGCAGAUUGCUUCUCAGGAAGGCCAUCUCGGACACACUGCAAAUACCCUACGGAGAUGUGAGGCUGGAUAGGACAGAGAAAGGCAAACCUUUCCUUGUGAACACUGUGGCAACACAUUUCUCAUUCAAUGUGUCUCACCAAGGGAAACUUGCAGUCUUGGCAACUGAAUUCGAUAAGGAUGUGGGAAUUGAUGUCAUGGAAAUCACACAGCCCAGGGGCAGUAAGUCUGUGGCUGAUUUCUUUCACACUAUGAGAAGGCAAUUCACAGAUGAUGAAUGGGAAGCCAUAAAGGAACCUAUGACAGACUCGGGGAGAUUGGCAAGGUUUUAUAGAUUCUGGUGUCUCAAAGAGAGCUAUGUGAAAGCUGUUGGCAUAGGUAUAGGAUACAGCCUGCAGAGACUGAGCUUCAAGAUCAGCACACCUCAACUACGACAAGGAAACCUGACAAAGGACACAGUGUUGUUUAUUGAUGGAAUCAAGGAGGUGAUGUGGGAGUUCCAUGAGACGAUGGUGGAUGAGCACCAUUGUACUGCUGUGGCUGUCAGGAAAACCACUCAUCAGGGGCAGAAUGAAGAAUGUGACUGUGAUGGAAUGAUGACCUCGGGACUGUUCGAGAUUUUAUCGUUUAGUCAGCUGGUUGUGUCAGCUCAACCAUGUUUAGAGACCGACUUGGAUUACUGGGAAGCGUUUGAUCAGAAAGACGAAUCGCCAGGAGGAUCAUGAUUUGAGGCUCUGUGAUUACCUAAUGGUUAUCUCAUCCACCUGACAAGUGUCAGUCCCAGGUUGGCUUCAUGGGCCACUGGGCCAACACGCUAAAACCUCCAACCUUACUUGAUAACAAUAGCCAUGACAAAGGUGUGACUCUUCGGACAGGGUGUUUAAAUAUUUCAGAAAGGACAGUUUCAAGAACAAUCAGCAAUUGGAAAAAUUGCAGAUCUCAUGUAUGGACUGAAAUGACUGUUUUAUCUUCAGACAUGAACUUGAAAGUUCCAAAGGUCUGAAGACCAGAAUGUCAAGGGCAAGCUUGUUCUCGAGUGUACCUCUCUGGGCCUCGGACCAGAAUGUUGCAAUGGCAAGCUUGUUUGACAUGGCUUUGCAGCCUAGCCUGCUAUAAGCCAACACUUCGAGAAAAGAUUAAAGAUUGAUCGAGAAGGUGUGUUUCAUCUUCAUUUGCAUGUGCUUGCUAUUAAGGCUUUCAAUAAAACAAAGUUCUUAGUUUA